AUGGGCGACCGGGCAAAACAAAUUUUAUACGAAACAGACUGGACAAAUGAAACCAAUGAAAUUGACUACAAUUUUAAUGCUGAAAUUGAUAUUAACGAUGACGGUAAUAAUUAUCUAAUAGACUUUUUAAUGGACGAAAUACGACCUGAGGACUUCAAUGAAGAGGGUGAAUCAUUCACGAUUACGUCUCAAGGAACUUAUUCAACUGACUGA